AUGCUCCUCCGCGAGUUGGCGCGCCGCGCCGGGGCGCGGCUGGGGCCCGCCGCGAUCGGCGCCGGUGCCGUCGCGAUCGGCGGUCCGAUCGGCGUCGCCGCGUGCAAGGACAAGGACAAGGAGAAGACGGUCACGCCGUCGUUCGACCCGGAGGCGCUCGAGCGCGGCGCGAAGGCGCUGCGGGAGAUCAACGCGUCCCCGCACGCGAAGAACGUGAUCGAGCUCGCGCGCACGCAAGAGACGACGAAGGCGGCGGAGGCAAACGCCAAGGCGGCGGAGAUGCAAGCGGCGGCGGCGCAACACGCGACCAACACCGAGAAGGUGCGAUGGGAGGAGCAGCGCAAGACGGAUCAAGCGCGCGCGCAGCAGCAGGGGCAGAUCAAAGAGUACGAGGACGAGCUCGCGCGGAAGAGGUACCAGCACGAGCACGAGAGCACGCGGAAGCGAAACGCGGAGAUGGUGAAGAUGCAAGAGGAGGCGUCGCAUCGUCAGGAAAACGUGAGACGCGCGACGGAGGAACAGAUUCAGCAGUCGCGAAGAGAGACGGACCGUCAGAAGGCGGAGCACGAGCGCGAGCUCAUCCGCGCGAAGAGCAUCGCGGAAGCGGAGGGGAGAAUCGCGGAGAACCGCGCGAACGAGGACGUCAUCCGGAGGCAGAUGCUCGCGAAGAUCGAGGCGGAGACGAACAAGGCGAUGACGUUGCUCAAGGAGACGCUGCGGGCGGCGGGCGACGGCGUGAACGCGCUGCUCGCGGAUCAGACCAAGGGCGCGGCGCUCGUCGGCGGGCUCACCGCGCUCGCGGCGGGGGUGUACGGCGCGAGGGAAGGGUCGAGGAUGGGCUUUCGGAUGCUCGAGCGGUAUUUGGGUCAGCCGAGCCUCGUGCGAGAGACGAGUCGAAACGUCUGGGGGUUCCGUCCGUCCGCGCCGACCGCCGCGUCCGCGGUCUCCUCCGCGUUGUCUUCUUCUUCCAACGGCAACGGCGGCAUCCUCGGCGAGGUCGUCCUCGAGCGCGGGCUCGAGGCGCGCGUGAGACACCUCGCGGUGUCGACGGCGAACACGCGAAAAAACAACGCGCCGUUCCGCAACGUCAUGCUCUACGGCCCUCCCGGCACCGGGAAGACCAUGGCCGCGAAGCGCCUCGCGCGGUACUCCGGCCUCGACUACGCGCUCAUGACGGGCGGAGACGUCGCGCCUCUCGGCGCGGACGCGGUGACGCGCAUCCACGAGCUCUUCGACUGGGCCGGGACGUCCAGACGCGGCUUGCUCUUGUUCAUCGACGAAGCGGACGCGUUCCUCGCCAAACGCGGCGGCGGCGUCGCCGCGGCCGAGCACUCCACCGGCGUCCGCGCGGCGCUCAACGCGCUGCUGUAUCGCACCGGCGAGCUCUCGCGCGACGUCGUGCUCGUGAUCGCGACGAACCGACCGGAAGAUCUCGACGCCGCCGUGCUGGAUCGCAUGGACGAAGCUCUAGAGUUUGGCCUGCCCGAUCUCGACGCGCGGACGCGGCUGUGCCGGCUGUACUUCGACAAGCUCAUCGCGCGCGGCGAGGACGCGGGGGACGACAAGCCCGCGCAGGGGUUCCUCGGCGCGCUGGGGAUCGGGAAGGGCGGGAAGCGCGGCGGCGGGAAGAUCGGGACGCCGAUUCGGGUGGCGCCCGACGUCGACGACGCGUCGAUCGUCACGGCGGCGAAAAAGGCGGAGGGAUUCAGCGGGAGAGAGAUCGCGAAGAUGAUGGCGUCCGUGCAGGGCGCGGUGUACGGCAGCGGCGACGCGGUGCUGACCGCGGAGACGUUCGAGGCGGUCGUCGCGUACAAGGUGAAGGAGCACGCGGGGCGCAAGGCUGGGUUCGCCGCGGGGGGCCCCGGGGCGAAGAAGCGAUGA